AUGAAACGUUUUACGCUCGUCUUCCUAGUCGCCUUUGCAUUUAUCACUAUUACAGUACCGUCAACUUUUGCCAGUGUUCGAGUGAAACGUCAAUACUACGGGAUGUACGGUAUGUAUGGAUAUCCAUAUGGGAUGGGCUACUAUAGCCCGUACACCUUCCCAAGUCCAUACGGAUACAGUGGCCUUGGUGGUUAUGGUGGAUAUGGUCUCGGAUAUGGAAUGGGUUAUGGAAUGGGAUAUGGAUUGUAUGGGUAA